UUGCAAACAUUGUGUGGAAGGAAAGCCCUUGGGCCGGAGGCUGCAGGGGAAGGUUUCCAGUGUUGGUGGCGACCAUGCAGAGCAGUUCUGAGGGCCCAGUGGUUAGUUAAUGGUGAGUUAGGUGGAGCGGGAUGGGAUCACUAGCAGAGGGAACAGUAUGUGCCAGGGCGAAGGCAAGGGAAAGUGUGCGCGGUGAGCAAGUGGAGUUGAAUUUCAGCUCCAUCUGACUGUGCUUUUCCGAGUGACUGAAGCCAGGAUGGAGAGCAGGGCCAAGUGUCUUGCCUCAGAAGUUGGACUUAGACUUGCAUCUGUGGGAACUACGGAAGAAUGUUAAGGAGGCGGCAUUCAACAGCUACUUUCCCUAAGUCUGUAUAGCCUGUGUGCUUUUUCAGUAUUGUUUCUCCUUUUUCUGUUAGUUGAAGUUGUUUAAGCAAGAUUGCAAAGAAUUAAACAAAGGAACCUGUUUAGUACAUUGUUAUAGAAGUUGGAAAAUUAAGAGGCUUGAGAUUGUUUCAGUAUCCUCUUUAACAUUAAUUUAGCCUGGGCAUUGGGCUGAGUGAUCCAUUGGCAGUCAGAAGUCUCCAAAAGGGUUCUGAAGUCAACGAUCUUGAGAUUAAUAAUGGCAGGAAAAUCAUCACUUUUUAAAGUAAUUCUCCUUGGAGAUGGUGGAGUCGGAAAGAGUUCUCUCAUGAACAGAUACGUGACUAAUAAGUUUGACACCCAGCUCUUCCAUACAAUAGGUGUGGAAUUUUUAAAUAAAGAGCUGGAGGUAGAUGGACAUUUUGUUACCAUGCAGAUUUGGGACACGGCUGGUCAAGAGAGAUUCAGAAGCCUCAGGACACCCUUUUACAGAGGUUCUGACUGCUGCCUGCUCACGUUCAGUGUCGACGAUUCUCAAAGCUUCCAGAACUUGAAUAACUGGAAGAAAGAAUUCAUAUACUAUGCAGAUGUAAAAGAGCCCGAAAACUUUCCUUUUGUGAUUUUGGGUAACAAGGUUGACAUAAGCGACCGGCAAGUGUCUGCAGAAGAAGCCCAAGCCUGGUGCAGGGACAACGGCGACUGCCCUUACUUUGAAACAAGUGCAAAAGAUGCCACGAAUGUCGCAGCGGCCUUUGAGGAAGCAGUUCGAAGAGUGCUUGCCGUGGAGGAUAGGUCAGACCACCUGAUUCAGACCGACACUGUCAGUCUGCACCGGAAGCCCAAGCCUAGCUCCUCUUGCUGUUGAUCGUUAGAGAGGCUGUCCCUCACUCUAACCAGCUGACACACAUGCACACAGAUAAACACAAGGGAGAGGAGAAUUCGCGUUCGCAGCAGUGGAGCAUCUACUCCUAAAAUUAAAACUAAUCAUAUUGCUGCUUCAUACACGGGUGGGAGAAGGGACACAUCCACUCACUGAAGAACCUAUUUACUCAGUAAUAGCAUCUUACAUUUAUCAAUUGUAGCGGUUGUCUAAUAACAUUUAAUUUAAAUAUGUAAGUUCAGAGCUAAUAGAUGACCAAGACUUUAAUUAUGAUUAAAACAAAACACUUGAAUAUUCUAGAAAUUAUUGCUCUUUUCCUGGGAAGAUGGAGAACUACUUUUUAUAUAUGUAUAUUUUUAUGUAAUUAGCAUUCUAUUCCUGGUUCAGGGGAAAAAUUUCCUAAAGCAAUAAAGUUAGAUAUUAAAGAU